AGCAUUACUGCAUUAGCAUGAUCGAGAGACAACAAGCGCAUCGCAAGCGGCACAAUGUGUGCCGAGCAAAAGACACCACCUUAUAAUCCCCUCACCGUUUCAUUCUCUUCAAAAAUUCUCAUUCUUAACUAAAAAUCUUUUAUUAAUCAGUUGUUAGCUACAGCCCACUCUAUUAAACAUACACUCUUAGCUCUCUCCACGUCUUGUCUGUCCUCUUGUACAUUCACUUCCCCAGCAUCCCCCUUCCUCUCAGCGGAUUGUUGUUUUGGCAAAAAAUCGAAGAAACAGAUGUAAAUUAGGAUUUGUGCGGGUAUUUGUUUGGUGCCGGCGUUGUUAGUGAUCGAUUGUGGAAAUGCCGCUGUCAAGGUAUCAGAUAAGAAAUGAGUACGGUUUGGCCGAUCCGGAGCUAUAUGGAGCCACCGAUAAAGAUGAUCCGGAGGCUCUUUUGGAAGGCGUUGCCAUGGCUGGCCUCGUUGGCGUCUUGCGCCAGCUCGGUGACCUUGCGGAGUUUGCUGCUGAGGUAUUUCACGAUUUGCAUGAAGAAGUAAUGGCAACUGCUGCUAGAGGCCAUGGCCUAGUGGCUCGUGUUCAGCAGCUUGAGGCUGAAUUUCCUUUAGUUGAGAAGGCAUUUCUCUCUCAAACUGAUCAUUCACCAUUCUUUACUAAUGCAGGUGUUGACUGGCAUCCUAAUUUGCGCAUGGAACAGAAUCUGACCACUUGUGGAGACUUACCUCGUUUUGUAAUGGAUUCUUAUGAAGAAUGCCGGGGUCCGCCACAGUUAUUCCUUCUGGACAAGUUUGAUGUUGCUGGGGCUGGAGCAUGUUUGAAGCGUUACACCGAUCCAUCAUUCUUUAAAGUUGAAACAACAUCCUCUGGAAUAACGGCAGUAGAUGUUCAGAGAGAGAAGAAAAUUCGAAAGGUGAAGAAGAAAGGAUCGCGCUGGAGGAAUGGAGAAACCCCAGAAGUGCGAACAUCACAUGCCAAAUUGCAUCAAUUAUUUUUGGAGGAGCACGUCGAGAAUGGUCACUCUGACCCUGCACGUCUUGUGAAAUUGAAGAGAAGGCAACUAAAUGGAUUUCCAUUUGAUCUGAAACCUGGAAAAAGUUACAUGGAGAAAUUCCUGGGGACUCCUUCACCAGAACAUAAAGUAGUUCAUGAGGUUCCUGAUAAUCCACCACGAUUGGAAUUGAUGUUGGAUAAUUCUAAUGGAUCUGGGCUUGAAAUAGUUGAGAUAAGUAUUGUAGGUCAUGUAAAAAAGUCAUCACAAGGAAGGGAAAGCAUGUGUUCAUCUCCUAUUGCACAGGAAGUUACAGGAAAACCUUACAGACAUGAGUUGAAUGAGGAGGCUAUUAAUAGAGAAAUUGUGAACGUCCCUGACCCAAUUGCCGGUGGUGAGGUAGAUGAAUCUCCUUAUGUUGUUCAUAAGAUGGCUAUUGAAAGUGAAUUAACAGUUGAUCAAGAUGGCAAAACAGAGGCAAGUCUUGAUGGAUACCAUUCUGAUGACUUGAUGAGUGAGGUGGAUAACUACAUGGAUGCUUUUACUACCAUGGAGUCAGAAAUGGAAACAGAUAAUGAGUACAAAUCGAAAAAUGAGCAGGGUUUCUUCAAGGUUGGAAAACGUGGGACAGAUUCUGAUGCAAAUGAGGAACAUCUAGAUGUACAAGCUAACUUUUCUGAUUCUCAAUUAUUUAGAAACUUCUCUGUGUCUGAUGAUGGGAGAGGUUCAUUUAUGAAAGGGCAAUCUGGUUUUUUAUACUCUGAUUCUGUUAGUAAUUUUGCUGAGAAUACACCAUCUGACAGUGAAGGGGUAGUGAAAAUGUUCCCUUUAUCUGAAAGUUGUGCAGCAGUGAUUGUGGAUUCACAAUUGGACCCUCCCUCUGUUCAUGUGGAGACACAAGGGACUCCGUCCAGUGAGCUUGUAAUGGUAAUUGAAAAGUGCACUGAGGAAGACACAAUCCCUAAUUCAGGAGAAGCAACUGGUAGUUCGUAUCUACCAGAUUCAAAAACUUUGCUUCCACCUUCAGUUCCUGUUGCAAAUUCAAUUGUAAUAGAAACUGAAUCAAAUGAAAUAUCCUCUGACUGUAAACUUGGUGUUAAGUCACCAAAUACUGACCAAUCUGGGACAGAUUUGCCUGAUUUUCCAAUAGUUAAAUCUGAUGUUUCUUCACAGACGGUGCAUGAUAAUUUACUUGCAUUUUCUUCUGAAGGUUGUCUUAUGAGAGAGUUUUAUUAUGAAGAUCCCAAUAUAUGUGUACAUACUUCAGAUAUGCCACAUCUGGAAAAGAACGACUCUGAUGGCUCUGUGAAAGAAGUGCUUCAAACAGAUUAUGCAAAUGGAAUUUGUGAUGCAAAUUUGGUUGAAAGGAAAAUUGACUCUCCACAUUCAGUUAUUUCACCAUCAAUGGAGCAGUUCCCUUGCUCAACUUCACCAGAAGUUGAUGCGGAUUUAGGUGUCACACGAGCUUCUGAAAGUUCAGAUGUUGUAAACCCUGUCCACAUGAAUUCUGAAGUUGAUGAUGUCAUUGCAGGAGUUAACUCAGAAAAUUUACUGGGCAUCAUAGAAUCUCCAGAGGUUGAUAGUAUUACUGAGCAACAAUGCUCAGAUAUAACAGUUGAUGUCUCACAGGUUGAACAUGACUCAAUUGAAGUAGGAGUAACAUAUUCUGAAAAGAUGAGUCCUGAAGAAACUUCUGGAGCUGAUGGUGGUGAGGAAUUAGUUGGAUGUGUGAGCAAGUUGGGUGUAGUGGGAGAAGAUUCUGCCUCGUUCGAACAUCCAGCCAAUUAUUCAGAUAAACUAAUUCUUAAUGAGCAUGUAAACUUAGAAGAAGUGGGUGCAUUUCCUGUUAGUGUUACUGUUGCCACUGGUGCUAAUGAUGGUGUUAAUGAUGCUAGUUGCCUCUAUUCAGAGUUGGUUUGUUCUUCAUCCAGCAAUCUUACAGAUAUUGAAGGUUCUCAUAUUGCAAAUGGGGGUCCACAUCAGAACUUGGACUUUGAUGAGGGUGUUUUUGCAGAAUAUUAUCCUGAAUCAGAGGAACAAAAGGAAGUAAACAAAAUGGAUGUUGGUCCUACAGAUAUGGACUCAAAUCCACAUGAAUCAGUCUCUGAUAACCAUUCCAAUCUAGAAGUGCUUGAACAUGUUCAUGAGUCAGUUGUUGCUUAUCAAACUCAACUCUGCUCAUAUGUUAGUGAUGUCAGCAUUGUAAAAUCUUCAGCUCUAAGCAACCAGGAUUUGGAAUCAAAACAACAUGCUGACUUGGGGCAUGCUGUUGAUAUUAAUGAAGAUGCUGUGUGUUCACCUACCUGUUAUAUCUCAGAGGUGAGAACUAUAGAACACUUGGAGGAGUUGCCAGGUGAUCAAAUUUCAGUGGAAUCUGUGUGUGCAGUCAUGGAUGAAGCAAAGUUUGAGUUGUUGGAUCUUCAGAGUACACCUCCUUGUCGUCUUGCAGAGACUGGAGUUGCUUCAGAGCAGUCACUGGAAUUGCAAUCUGAUCAACUUGACGGGGGAUGCUGGCAACCAGAUGAAGCAAGUCCGAAGUCAUCAGAUCUGCAGCCUGAACAGAUAAAGACUGCAAGCGACAUAGGUAAAAAAAGAUGCCUUGAUGUUUCUUCCAAACAAGAUGCUCCUCCAAGCCAAGAACUCCAAAUGCAACCAGCAGGUGAAGAGCUUAAUGAAACUAUGUUGUCAAGUAAUCCAUUUGAUUCUGUCUUUCCUAGCUUUGGUGUACUCCCUGAGAAUUUGGGGGAGAUGCCGCCUUGGCCACCCCUACCUCCUAUGCAAUGGAGGUUAGGCAAGGUUCAACCUGCUCCACUAGCUUUACUUAGAGGAUGGAUUGAUAAUGGUGAGGGCACAUUGGCGCCAAUACAGCCAUUUACAGCUGAUGAGAAAUCUCCAAUUGAUAUCCUAUCAUCCGGGAGAGAGAUUAUGCAGCCUUCAAACCCAUUUUUGUCUUUUAAUUGUGCUGAUAUUCAGAAGCCACAACAAUCGUAUGCAGAGUUAGUGGAAAAUUCCUUGCAGCCAAGUCCACUCUCAUUGGAGAUGCCAGCUGUUACUAGCAAUGCAAACAGUCAAGAGGGUUCUCAUGCAUUAGAGGGAGUACAUUCCUGGAAACCAUUCUUGACUUCACCAGAAAUAACUAAUGACAGGCCCGAGGAUGGUUUGAUUGCAUCAGGAGGAACACAAAUAGGGUCUUUUCAAGACCUAUUAUCACCGUUAGCAACUAUAGAGCACAUACCCUCUGAACAUGAUCCUGUGCCCUUACAUGGCCUGGAAACCAAGCUCUUAAAUCAAGUGAUGUCUGAAUCGAUUUUAGAGGCAAAGGAACCUGAACACAGUUUGCAAAAUUCAGAAGAAGAAGAAAGGGAUUCUCUUGAUGAAUCUGUGUCACUACCAACUAUGCUAGAUGACCACCGUCAGCAUGAUCCAGUAACCUUGCAUGGAGAAACAACAUGGGCUCCAAGUACAUUAGCUUUGCCACCAAUCUAUGAAGUUGGAAAACCAAAUGGUAGCAAGCCUCCUCGUCCUCGGAAUCCUCUCAUUGAUGCUGUUGCUGCACAUGACAAAAGCAAGUUGAGAAAGGUAACUGAACGAGUUCGCCCUCAGAUUGGACCAAAAAUAGAUGAAAGAGAUUCACUGCUACAACAAAUACGAACAAAGUCCUUUAACUUGAAACCUACAGCUGUGACAAGGCCUAGUAUUCAGGGUAUUCAGGGUCCAAAAACUAAUUUGAAGGUUGCUGCCAUAUUGGAGAAAGCAAAUGCAAUUCGCCAGGCAUUUGCUGGAAGUGAUGAAGAGAAUGAUUCAGACAGCUGGAGUGACUCUUGAGAAAAACUUCCUUGCAUGCAGCAUUUCACCAUGGUGGUUAAUGCCUUUAAUGCUUUGUCUACACAUGUACUCUUCUUUAAAGUGAAUAGAAAUCUCUGCUGUUUGGGUAUUCUUUUUCCUCCCUACAGUCUACGCUAUAAAUUUAUGUAUAAUCUCUGUUUUCUACUUGUCUUCCUUGUCACACGCAGUUGUUGAAGAUGCAGUGGUCGGUUUGCUGCCCCUGCUUUACUCGGGAUCCCAUUCCAGGGCGAAAUGCUUAUUUACAUGAAUGGCUUACCGUGCAAGCGCUCAUCCAAUCUAAAUGUAUGUAUCAUUGUAUUGAUAUCUCUGUAGGUGUAAAUUGUGUUGGGGCGGCAUAAAUUUUGAGGUGUAGCGCACUUCUGAUGAAAUUUUGUAGUCUGUAUGUAGUGAUUUCGUGAUAUACACCUCUGCCCCAUUUAGAAUGUUGUUUCUGGUUUAUGGAUUGUAUCAGAUUUACAUGAUUCUUUAGAGUUACUGCAGUAACUUUUGUAUUUAAUUGAAUCUUGAAAAUUAGAAUUUUACAGAAUUGAAUUGGUCAGUUCUCA